AUGACACGUCGAGUGCACCGGGUGCCACUCGGCCCCUUCGUGGUCCUCUUCCUCAUUCCUAUUCUUUCGCACGCACAAUCAACGUUGUCUUCAUUACCAUCUUCAUCUAAACCGAUAUCAACAUCUACAACAAUACCUUCUACUACGACAUCAAGUACCGCCGCAUCUUCAACAAAGACAGAAUCACUAGUAGCAACGGCAGCAGUCGAAGAACCGAAAAACAUGUUGGUUACAGUUUCGUAUAUCGGAAUAGCAGUUGGAUGUGCUGUGCUUGCGAUCUUUGCUUUGACGAUUUUCUUUUCUUAUCGUCAGAGGAAGGCGAGGACUGAACAACCACCGAUGACGGAUGCGAAGAAGGAGUAUAUCGAAUAUUUCAGAAAUCAAAACAACGGUAAUGGUAGCGGUGGUCAAGGCGGUGCAGAACAGGGAGCUGGGAAUAAUGGUUCUUGGGUGAAUUCGAUGACGAACUCGAAUGCGAAGUCUACCGAGAAUACAACCCAUACUAGAUCUGGAUCCAAGAGUUCUCUGGCGCGUUUUCAUUUUAGAUCUUCUUCAAAAUCGCAGGAACCAGUUGUGGAGCCUAUCCUGAAGAUCGAGGUAACCUCCAAUCCUUCCCUAAGGCCAGCGAGUGCGUUCCCAGAGUCCCUUGUUCCAAAGAGACUCAAGGCUCAACAGCCAAAGACCACUCCAUUCGAAGGAAAUAAUACUUCGCAAAUGCCCCACAUGCCAAAGUUUGAAGUUCCUGGGAAGAUUAUAUAUGAAGAUUCAAGAAUUUCGGCGCCACCGCACGCAAUGACUACGUCCGACAAUGAGAGUGGAUAUAAAUUCCCACCGCGGACAACUAGCCGAAGGGCACCCCCUAUGCCCCUCGCCAUUCGACCCUUUGCUCCAUCCAGUGCGGCGGGAACACCAAGGACUAUCGCGAUUCAGUCGCCACAGUCAUUCACCGCCGUCGGACUGAGCCCUACUCCACCUAGACGUAAUGAGGCGCAGCCACAACGAGCGAAGAAUCCUUACAACCAAUCACAAUUAUCACCAAUCCAAAUGCAGCCAAUCAGGCCUUACAGCCCACUCGAAUCUGCUUCUGGAAGGAACAAUGAGCCUCAGCCAUACAUCCCAUCGUGGAUGGAUAUGCCAAAACAAAACCCUAAAUUGGAUAUGGAGCCACGUUCAAUAACUCCCCAGCAGCCUAAAAAGCCCAUUCCUCGGGAGCUACGUCCCAUGUCAUCAACUACUAUUGCUAGUGAUGCCAGUCGCGCUAGUCACAGCUUCUCCGAUUAUGAGUACUCUAGCUAUGACGAAGAUGACUACAGUGAAGAUGAGGAUAGAAACUACGACUAUCAAUCCCAAGUGUAUGAUAGCUACCGCCGAAGCACUGAUAGUUACGACGACCGAAGGCCCUUGAGUGCCCGGUCUUAUGAAACUGGAUGGUCUUAUGGGCCAUCUCACUCCUCAAGAGACAAAGCACAGGCGGCACCGAGGUCACAUGCCGAACCAUACGCUUCUUCUUCUCAGCUUUCUGCAAGGGAUAAUAGAAGUGGAUCCAAUGGUCGUCAGAAAACGCCCGUGCCGGUUAAUGCGAAUUCAACACUUAGCCCCACCACUUACAUCAACAAUAGGGGUGGACGGGAAGCCGUAAAGACCUCCCCUGUUACCCCGCCUCCAGCACCUCCACCAAAGGACUGGGAAGUCAUUGCGAUCAAAAUGGACCCAUACCCGGCGUUCGAGGCCACAGUUAGAUCAUCGCCGGCUCCAAGAGGAUAUACACCACGACCGGCUUUGAAGGCCAGUGGGUUGCCAAACAACCCUAAGACCAAGAAGCAAACCGGAUGGGAUGAGGAUUUGGAACGAGGCUAUUAUUGA